ACUUUGAACUAGUUCAUGUAGAAAGUGAACUUUCCCAACACUGGUGGGAGCAUUUUGAUUUAAAAGCAAGGGUACCGAGAGAAAAUGAUUGAAAAGCAAAACAAUUAUGAACAUUUUUAGAAAAUGUCAGUAUAAAAUUGAUAUUUAGUGCCAAAAUUAAAUUGCAUCACACCUUUUCUGCUGUGAAACUUUAAGACGAUGUAUGUGUGAUCUUACAAGAUGAAACGUAUAUUCUGUGAUGUGACACUUAUGAUACAAAUAUUCUCAAUAUAUCUUGUAUUCCUCAAAACCCAGCCCUAAUAUCAAACUAGACUGCUGUCUGCUCAGACUAUUGGGUAACUUUGUAGAUAAGGUAAGAUUUCGGUCUUAUCACAUUCUUUCUUGCCUACUCUGAAAUGGAUAAUAUUUGGUUACACCAGAAUAUACAAUACAGCUGAAUGUGGGCAAAUAAUCAAACCUCGACAUAUCUGCCUGGUGUUACAUAUCCAAUAGCAUUGGAAUUUCUGCUUAUUUAGAAGUAAGAAAGCCAACUGUUGAAUAAGCUUUCUAUAAACUAAUAGCAUGAUAUAUUAUCCAAAUGUAUUUUAUAAAUUUUCUGAAAAAGGUUGUCCAGGUUGAUGGAAUUUAUAUUUAGUAUACAUAGCCAUUGUUAGCCAUGCCUUCAGAUGUUUUUCUUCCUGGUCGUGCAGGGAUUAUCCGGGAAUACAUUACAUGAUGUGCACGUCCUCCGUUAAGCUAAGGAAAAAGAUGAAUGAUUCAUGCCUUAAAGUACAUGUAGUUGAUAUUGGACCUCACACCUAUGUCAAUAUACAGCAGGACCUGUAACUCUGCCAAGUCCUGCCUUAAUUUGUUUUAGAGGAAGGGUAUUGUUUUUCAAAGUCAUAGCUGUUUAAAAUUUUGAUUGGUUGUGUUUUUGUCCGUCAGAGUAUAUAACAGGAUGGAACUGUAAGUAAUCCAUCCUACAUGCCUCUUAGCAGCCAUGGGCACCAUGUUGCUGCUUUGUGCUUUGGGGGCUUUACUCAGCUGUCCAUCUAACGCUGGAUGGGCAGGGAGGGAGUUCGCCCUGUCAUUCAUGCAGAAUUAUGCUCCAGACUACGACAGUCCUCGCUUUCAGCUAUACAUCACCGCUGUUCAGGCCAAUGCUAAAGUGACAGUACAAGUGCCUCCUUUAAACUUCAAGCAAGAGAAAACUCUAAAUGCUGGAGAAACAGUCACCAUCAGUCUCCCAACCAGUGUUGAGAUGUAUGGCAGCCAGAAGUCUCCCAACACGGUGCGCAUUGAAGCCUCAGCAGAUGUGACUGUAACCUCUUUCAGUUCCAAGCUGUACACAGCAGACACCUCUGUGGUGUAUCCCACCACUGAAUGGGGUACAGAAUAUUUCAUCUUUACACCUGCUGGGUCCCCCUAUGGCUCAUUUAAAGAGUUCUCUGUGACAAAUGGGAAAGAGAGCAACAAAGUGGAGAUUUUCCCACUCGGCCCCAUCAGCUUCCAGGGUCGUGUGUAUGAGAGUGGCAGCCGAAUGCUGAUAGAUCUCCAGCCGUAUGAGAGUGUCCAGCUCCAGAGCGUGUAUGAACUCUCUGGCACCAGAGUUGCCUCCCAGCUUCCUGUUGCUGUUGUCACAGGUCACACUUGCACCUGGCGCUUCUCCAAAUGUAACCAUGUAUAUGAGCAGCUGCUGCCAGUUAGCAGGUGGGGAUCCAGCUUUAUCGUGCCUCCCCUGACUUUCCAGGAUAGAUAUGACAGCGUCUUCCUCCUGGCCUCCCAGCCCACCCGAGCCACUGUCCAAUACGGCAACCGUGAAGAGGUUUUGACUUUGACCAGGGGGCAGAUAAUAGAGGUCCGCUACCACAAUCCCGAAACACUGUCCAUUCAGGCUGAUCAUGGCAUCCAGGUCCUCAUGCUCUUCAACGGUGUCACACGGAGCUGGUUAAGCUUCUACGACCCUUUCUUGAUGACAAUUCUGCCCACAGACCGCUUCUGUUCCUCUUACUCACUUGAGGCUCUGGAGGGCUUUGAAAACCAAGCCCUGAUUGUGGCACAGACCAGUGCGAUGGCAGAGCUGCGUAUUGAUGGUACAAACCUGCCCCGUAAUAUUGAGUGGAAAAAGAUUGCAGGGACAGAUUUCUCUUGGGCAGAGAUGCCCUACAAACAAAACCCUGGCAACAAUAAACACACUGUCUCCAGCUCGGGUUCCCGCUUCGCUCUCUACAGUAUAGGAGUCAGCCAGAUGAAUGGUUAUGGUGCCCCAGGACAAUGUAUACAGCAAGGUAGUGGAUCUUUGUCCUGCAGCAGUAUUACCUGCAGUGCCAAUGAGGUGUGUGAAGUGAAGAGUGGGUAUCCCUCCUGUGUCCCCAAGGCAGUGGAAAAGAAGCCUGGUACCUGCUGGGCCAUGGGAGAUCCCCACUACCGCACCUUCGACGGGCGACACUACAACUUCAUGGGUACCUGCACGUACGUCAUUGCUAAAAACUGUGGGAAAGAUGAUAAUCUCCCUGCCUUUGAGGUCCUCGCCCAAAAUGAGAACAGAGGAAACCUCAGGGUGUCGUAUGUCGCCGUGGUCACAGUGAAGGUGUAUGGUGUUACCAUCACAGUAGUUCGGUCUGAGACAGGCCGUGUGAGGAUUGACAACAGUCUGUGGAGUUUGCCAGUAACCUUGAACAACAACAAACUGACUAUGUUUCAGAGCGGUCGCUCUGUGGUUAUUGAGACUGAUUUUGGCCUGACUGUCCGUUAUGACUGGGAACACUAUCUUGUGGUCACUCUGUCUGGCAGUUACGCUGGUAAGACUUGUGGUCUCUGUGGCAACUUCAAUGACAACCCCAAUGAUGAUUUCACCACACCCUCUGGCACCCAGGCAGGUGGGGCUGUGGCCUUUGGGAGCAGCUGGAAGGUUCCAGGGCUGGUGGAAGGUGCUCUGUGCAGAGAUGACUGUGAGGGGGGGUGUGAGCGUUGUGAACAUAGCCUAAUGAAGAUGUGGGAGGGUGACUUGUUUUGUGGGCUCAUCACACUUAUAAUAAAUGGGCCAUUCAGCAAAUGUCAUGCCGUAAUUGACCCACAAACAUACCUGGAGAACUGUAAAUAUGAUGUAUGCAUGGGAGGCGGCCUCCGACAUUUCCUCUGCAGGGCACUGGAGGCUUACACUGAAGCUUGCCAGCUUGCUGGGAUCGAAGUUCAAGAUUGGAGGACGAUGGCACGAUGCCCAUCUAAAUGUCCCGCCAACAGCCACUAUGAGCACUGUGGCAAUGCCUGUCCUGUCACUUGUUCUGAUCCUAAUGCUCCCUCCAAAUGCAAACGCCCCUGUGUGCAGACCUGCACCUGUAACGCAGGCUUUGUUUUGAGCGGAGGUCAGUGUGUGCCUGCCGCCAAGUGUGGUUGUGUCUAUGAGGGUCGGAACAUCCCUGCUGGGGAGUCAUUCUGGGCUGACCAGGGCUGUCGGCGAAGGUGUGAAUGCGUUGCUGGGAGCAGACACGUGGAGUGCCAGGAUAAAGGCUGUGGAGCUGGGCAGCAGUGCCAGGUGGUUGAGGGCAUAAGAAAGUGCCAGGCAGUCUCCCACAGCACCUGCCAGGCCACAGGUGACCCCCAUUAUGUGACCUUUGACAAGAUGAAGUUUGACUUCCAGGGCACAUGUGUGUACCAACUAGUUGCACUCUGCUCCAAGGACCCAGAGUUAGUACCCUUUGAAGUGCUGGUGCAGAAUGAUUACCGGGGCAGCAAGGUAGUCUCCUUCACCAAGUUAGUGGAGAUCAAGGUGUACUCCCUCAGCAUUGUCAUUACGAAGACCCACAAGGGCCUGAUUAUGGUGAAUAAUGAGCUGGUCAACCUGCCUGUCACACUGGAUGAAGGACUGGUAUCUGUGUAUAAGAGUGGCUGGUCCGCUGUGGUCACCACAAAGUUCGGCCUCAAAGUGUCCUUCAACUGGGAAAGCGCUGUGUACGUAACACUCCCAAGCAACUACAUGGGAGCCGUUUGUGGCCUCUGUGGCAACUACAAUGGCAAAUCCCAGGAUGACCUGAUUCCAAAGAACGGUGACAAACCUGUCUCACCAGCAGAUUUUGGGGUCAGCUGGCGAGUUGCAGAGAUCCCAGGGUGUGUCGAUGGCUGCAAAGGAGUGUGUCCUGAUUGUGACAUUACCCAGAAGGUUCAAUAUGAAAAAGGAGAUUUCUGUGGUUUGUUGAGAGACCCCAAAGGGCCUUUCCGUGACUGCCAUGCCAAGGUGGACCCAGCUGGCUACUUUGAAGACUGUGUUUAUGAUGUAUGCUUGUAUAAGGGCAGAAAGGAUGUGCUGUGUCAGGCUAUUACAUCAUACACAUCUGCCUGCCAAGCUGUGGGGGCCAAGGUGUACAGCUGGAGAACCAGUCAGUUCUGUGCGGUGAAAUGUUCAGUCCACAGCCACUAUGAGAUUUGUGCAACCGGCUGUCCAGCCUCGUGCCAAAGUCUGAUCCCUCCUCAGGGAUGCCAAGCUCAGUGUGAGGAGGGCUGUUCCUGUGAUGAGGGGUACAUACUCAGUGGAGAUCACUGCGUUCCCUUCUCACAGUGCGGCUGCGUCUACAAUGGCCGCUACUACCGCAUGGGCCAAGUGUUUUAUCCCAAUGGGCAGUGUCAGGAGGAGUGCAAGUGCACACAAGAUGGAGAGGUUGAGUGCAAGAAGUUCACGUGUGGCCCUAAUGAGAAGUGUAAAGUGGAGAAUGGUGUCCAAAAAUGUCAGCCUGUUGGUAAGGGUGUGUGCCAGGCCUCUGGUGACCCCCAUUACCUCUCUUUUGAUGGACAAAGAUUUGAUUUCCAGGGCACCUGCACCUACACACUCUCCAAGAGCUGUGGGUUGGAAGGCACCCACCUGGUGGCCUUUUCUGUUCAGGUGGAGAACGUGAGGUGGAACAUGAUGAUAAACAACAAAGUGGUGUCUGUCACCAAGCUGGUUGCUGUGGAGGUCUACGGCUACACUCUCAUCUUAAGGAGCAACAUGUUUGGAGUCCUGGUGAAUGGAGUGUUUAACUACCUUCCUGUGAAUCUUAAUUCUGGAGCAGUGCUGGUCUAUCAAGAAGGCAUGCAUUAUGUUAUUGAAACAGAUUUUGGGCUGCGUGUCACCUACGAUCUGGUCUAUCACGUGACAGUCACAGUACCGGGUAAUUAUCGUGAUAAGGUCUGUGGCCUGUGUGGCAACUUCAACGGUAACCAAAAAGAUGACUUCCAAAUGCCCAACCGUCAGCUCACCAACAAUGUGAAUGUGUUUGGAAAAUCGUGGAGGAUCACCAUCCCUAAUGUAGUGUGUGAGGAUGGCUGUGAAGGGAAUAAAUGUCCUGUUUGUGACCCGGCUCGCAAGGCUGUGUUUUCAAAGUCCACUUACUGUGGCAUUGUUACAGCACCCAACGGUCCUUUUGCAGCCUGCCAUAGUAUACUGGACCCACAGCCGUAUUUUGCUGACUGUGUCUUUGAUGUAUGUGCUUCCAACGGCGAUGGGAAGGUGCUGUGUAACAGCGUAGCAGCCUAUACCUUAAACUGUCACAUGGCAGGAGUGGACGUGAAAAACUGGAGGACAGCUUCCUUCUGUCCAAUGAAAUGCCCAGCCAACAGUCACUAUGAGGUGUGUGCAGAUGCCUGCUCUGCAACCUGUGCAGGCCUCACAGAUAUUGUACAGUGCUCUAGCAGCUGUAUAGAAGGCUGUGAGUGUGAUGCUGGCUUUUUAUUCAACGGACAUGCGUGUGUUCAAGAGACUGGGUGUGGCUGCUAUGACAAUGGAAGAACGUACAAGCCUGGUGAAGUAGUGUAUGAGGAAGACUGUAACACAAAGUGCACCUGCAAUCCAGCGACAGGCCUAAACUGUGAAAAGCAUUCCUGCCCUGAAAGCACCAAAUGCAUGGUCAAGAAAGGAAUCAGGGCAUGCUACAACACAGAUCCCUGCAAAGAUGCCAAGUGCCGGGUCAAAGAGAAGUGCCAUGUUGAGAAGGGUGAAGCUGUGUGUGUCCCCGAGUACACAGGCAUAUGCUGGGCCUGGGGUGACCCCCACUACCACACAUUUGAUGGUUACAACUUUAACUUCCAGGGCACCUGCAAGUAUGUCAUCUCCAAGACCUGCGGGAACCUGGAGGGUCUAGUGCCGUUCACAGUCACUGAGAGGAAUGAUAACCGGGGAAACACAGUAGUUUCUUACGUCAGGGAAGUAGAUGUGUCUGUGUAUGGGUACAACAUUACCAUCCGCAAGAACCAAGUUGGUCGAGUGAUGGUGGACGGGGAGCUGUUAAAUCUUCCUGUACAAAUCUAUGAUGGUAAUGGUGAGGUUGAAGUGUCAGUGUUUCAGCGUGGUUACACUGCCGUGGUGGAGACAAAUUUUGGCCUGGUCGUCUCCUACGACUGGAACUGGGAGCUGGUCAUCAAACUGCCCAGCAGCUACUACGGCAGUGUCUGUGGUCUCUGUGGCAACUUCAACGGUAACUACCGCGAUGAGCUCCAAAAUCCAGCCGGAAUAGCUGUCUCCUCAGUGAUAGAGUGGGGCAAGAGCUGGCAAACGCCUGACCAGGACAAGGACCAUCCUUGCUGGGACACAUGUAAGGAAAACUGUCCUACCUGUGACGAUAACCAGAGUAAACUCUAUGAGACUGAGGCUUUCUGUGGGGGCCUUGUUGCUAAGACCAAUAAUGUGUUCAAGAAAUGUCAUGAAAAACUGGACCCCCAGGCCUUCAUGGACAGCUGCGUGUAUGAUAUGUGUUUGAAUAAGGGAGACAAAAAGAUGCUGUGCCAGGCAUUGGCCUCCUACAGUCAGCAUUGUCGUGAGGAAGGAAUAAUAAUCAAGGACUGGAGGAAAACGUUUGGCUGCCCAAUGAGCUGUCAGCGUCACAGCCACUAUGAAGACUGUGCCAGCCCAUGCCAGCCAUCCUGCCCAUUCCCUGAGCAAAUUAAAACCUGCAACGGUGUCUGUGUGGAGACAUGCGUGUGUGAUCAGGGUUACGUCCUCAGCGCUGGUGUCUGUGUGCCUGCUAAAACAUGUGGUUGCUCCUAUCAGGGCCGUUACUAUAAGCCAGGCCAGCACUUUUGGGCUGAUGAGGCUUGCGGUCGCCUGUGUGAGUGUGAUACGACCCUGGGCAUGGUGACAUGUCGCGAGGCUUCCUGCUCUGCCAAGGAGACGUGCAACUUAGUGGAUGGAGAGCGUGCCUGCCGACCCAUCAGUCAUGCCACAUGCACAGCCUCAGGUGACCCACACUACCGGAGUUUUGAUGGCCACAGGUACAACUUCCAGGGCACAUGUGUAUAUCAGCUGGUGGGACUGUGCUCGCAGCAGCCCGGACUAGUGCCUUUCAAGGUGACCGUGCAGAACGACCACCGGGGAAGCAAGGCCGUGUCCUACACAAGGACUGUCACCUUUUCCAUAUAUGACAUCACCCUUACCAUUAGCAGAGAAUACCCCUACAAGGUCCUGCUCAAUGGGCAGCUUGCUUCGUUACCACUGGAUUACAAUAAUGAGCUGGUCGUGUUUCUCAGCGGCUGGACAGCUGUAGUGGAAACAGUCGCUGGUAUCACCGUGACCUUUGAUUGGCAGAGCACAGUGAGCGUUACUCUGCCCAGCAACUACCAGGGCGCAGUCUGCGGCCUGUGCGGCAACUACAAUGGAAAAGCUCAGGAUGACCUGACCAUGCGGAACGGCCAGACCGCCACAAAUGGAGCCACGCUGGGGGAGAGCUGGCAGGUGGCCCUCGUACCAGGCUGCUCAUCAGUCUGCCAGGGGGCAUGGUGCCAGGCCUGUUCAGACUCCCAGAGGAAAGAGUACCAAGCCCAGAAGUACUGUGGUAUUAUCGCUGACAAAGCAGGGCCUUUCAGAGAUUGUCACGGACGUGUGGAUCCUGCUCCUUACCUGGAGGACUGUGUGUAUGACGCCUGUCAUUAUCAUGGUCACCAUGGAGCAGUGUGUGAUGCUGUGGGAGUCUAUGUCUCUGCCUGUCUGAGCCAAGGAAUCACCAUCCGUUCCUGGAGAACAGAUAGCUUUUGUCCAAUGGUGUGUCCAGCUAACAGCCAUUAUACCCUGUGUGCUGUUGGCUGCCCAGCCACCUGUGCCAGCUUAACUUCCCUUGCAAGCUGCCACAGGUCCUGCACAGAGGCCUGCGAGUGUGACGAAGGCUACCUGUUGAGUGGGGAUACCUGCGUGCCCGUGAGAGACUGUGGCUGCUCCUACAAUGGCCACUACUACAGGAAAGGAGACGUCUUCUACCCUGAAACAGAGUGUGUGGAGCAAUGCAUGUGUGGAGAGAAUGGCGCUGUGUCUUGUCAAAAGGCCAAGUGCCGUGCAGGGGAGACCUGUAAGCUUGUUAAUGGAGUGAAAGGCUGCCACCCUGAGGGGCAGGGCAAGUGUGUUGCUUCUGGUGAUCCUCAUUACAUUUCCUUUGAUGGACGGAGGUUUGAUUUCCAGGGUACCUGUGUCUAUGUGUUGGCCAAGGUUUGUGAUGAUGACAAUGGCCAGCUGACUCCAUUCAGCGUAACUCAGGGCAAUGAGAAGUAUGGAAAUGGAAAAGUGGCUGUUACCAAGUCCGUUGCAGUGGCAGUCUACGGUUAUGUUGUUUACAUCCAGCAGAAAGUGCCAUGGAAAGUCAUUGUGGAUGAUGAACUUCUAAACCUUCCUCUCUCCCUGGACAACGGGCGUCUCAGAGUCACCCAGGAAGGUAGCAACAUAAUUGUCCGGACAGACUUUGGACUGACAGUCCUGUAUGACACGGUCUACUAUGUUGAGGUGAUCGUGCCUUCUACAUACCAGGGAAAGAUGUGCGGUCUCUGCGGCAACUACAACAAGAAUGGCGGCGACGACUUUAUACUUCCCGGCGGCAAAAACACGAACAGCGUCGACGACUUUGGGAAGGCGUGGGUGGUGGAACUGCCUGGCAAUGUUUGUGGGGGCUGUGGAGGCCAGUGUCCAGUAUGUGAGCAGGCCAAGGCUGCUUUGUACGGAAAAGCAGACUCCUGUGGCAUCAUAAGUGCACCUAAUGGACCUUUCAAAGCCUGCCACAGUAAAAUUGACCCAGUGGCAUUUGUGUCUCAUUGUGUGUUUGAUGUUUGUGCUGCGGGUGGCGACAAAGAUAGUCUGUGUAACAGUGUCCAGGCCUAUGCUAUGGCCUGCCAGAGUGAAGGAGUGCAAAUCCAGCCAUGGAGGAGCAACUCUUUCUGUCCUGCUUCCUGCCCUGCACACAGUCACUAUGAGGUGUGUGCCGACACCUGUAGUGGGACCUGUGCCAGCUUUAUUUACCCAUUUACUUGCUCUGAAAGCUGUUUUGAAGGAUGCCAAUGUGAUGACGGCUUUGUUUUCGAUGGCAUCCAAUGCGUUCCCUUGGACAACUGUGGAUGUGUGCACAAUAGCAGAUAUCUGACGGUGGGCCAAGCAGUUGUGGACAAAGCCUGCGUGUCCAAGUGUGUGUGCCAGGCCUCUGGGCUGGUAAAGUGUGAAAAGCUUUCCUGUGCCAGUGGGGAGGUUUGUGGUGCAAGAGAUGGCGUCAGAGGUUGCCACGUCAAACGGGGCCAUUGCGGCGUCAGCCAAGUCGGCCACUUCACCUCCUUUGAUGGCAUGUCCGGAUUGAUAGGAGCGCAAGGGGCAUUUGAAGUGGCGUCUCUGUGCGACGAGACCGACAAGCUGUGGUUCCGUGUGGUUGUGGAUGUCAGGGUCUGCAGCAAAGGUGCAUCUCCCACUGUCGCCACUGUGUAUGUGUUCUUCAAGGAAACCGCCAUCGCAGUGAACAGCCAACACGUGACCUGGGUAAAUGGCAGAAAAGUGUCUCUUCCCAGCAAAGUGACGAGUGAGAUAUCCGUCCAAAUCUCAGAGAAGACUGUGAUCAUCGAGAGGGCAUCUGCUGUGCGGGUCACUUACUCAAUUUCACAGGAGGUCACUGUCAUUAUUGACAGUAGCCUGUCCGGUAAAAUGUGCGGCGCCUGCGGCAACUACAAUAACGACUCCAAAGAUGAUAUGAGGACUGCAGAUGGGAAAAUCACCACUGACGUGUCCGUGGUUGUUGGCUCCUGGAGCGCUGGGGACUUUUCUAAAUGUGGCCUGUAGAGAUGUUGGUUCUGCUGUGAUAGAAAGCAUCUGGUGUACAGGAUGAAGAAUGUGAAGUCUUACUCAUCAUACUUCAAUGCUUCCUCUUGAUUUGUGGAAUUGUUUUUGUUGUUUACUGGCAGUCUGCUCCUCUAUUGUUCACUUUGGAAUGGUAGAGAAAUGUACCUCAUUCUUGGGCAACAUCUCCAUCUAGUGGAGGAGGAAAUUAUUGCAUCUCUUUUCCACAGAACAACCAAGAGCAAUACCUGUCUUAUUAUGCUGUAUUUUCUUAGUUUAAAAAAAGUUGUUUAACAAAAUGUGUUUUCCUUACUUUUCCAACCAAUAAAUACUUCUUCAUAACACUG